AUGCCUGCUAAGAAAGCUGCCUCUGGCAAGUCCGCCACCCACGCUUCAUACAAAGAUAUGAUCAAGGAUGCCAUCAUCAACAACGCAAUGGAAGCAGGUAAGCUGUCGUCGUCUCGUCUCGUCGCUGGUGAUGUCGUGAUGCUAACUCGAUGCAGCCGUCAAGCGCUGAAGAAGUACGUCCAGAACAACAACGCCAUCAGCGUCACCUCCCAGGCCACCUUCGAUGCGCAGUUCAACCGCGCUCUCAAGGCUGCCGUCGAGAAGGGAGAGUUCACCCAGCCAAAGGGUCCCUCCGGCCCAGUGAAGCUCGCUAAGAAGGAGACCAAACCAACUGCUAAGCCAGCUGCCAAGAAGUCUGCUAAGCCCGCUGCUAAGACAGCAACCAAGAAGGCCACCACCACCAAGAAGGCCGCUGCAAAGACCGACAAGGCCGAUAAGGCCGACAAGGAGGAGAAGAAGCCCAAGAAGGCCGCCGCUACCACCAAGAAGGCUGCUGCCCCCAAGACCCCCAAGCCCAAGGCCAACACCACCAAGCAGCGCAAGGCCACUUCUUCCGCCCCCGCUGUCGUUGAUGUCCCUAAGGUGCUAGGCAAGACCAAGUCCGGCAGAGUGACCAAGUCAUCUGCUAAGCCCGCCGGUGCUAAGAAGGCCGCCGGUACAAAGAAAAAGGCCGCCUCCUCCACAAAGGGAACACCCAAGAAGGCCGCAGCCGCUGCCACUACCUCCAGCUAA